GGCGGGUGGGAGGGAGGAGAAGGGAAGGAAGGCGACUCUCCCUCCUCCCGCACAGGAAGCGCGCGGAGGGGCAGCUUCUGCUCACGCUGCAACGCACGUGUCACUCUCCGCGCACCCAAGCAGGUCGGUAUAAAGCGAGGGGCGGCUGCCCGAAGAGCACCUGCGGGUCUCCCCACCCUCCGCCACAGAAAUGGCUCCGCUCCCUUCUUCUCCGUCUUCUAUUGCAGUGUGAGGCGAGGCCGGCCAUGCUCUUCCUGGGCAGGGCGCCCAAUCCAGCAGCCUAAUCCCACAGCAACGUGGUAACUCGCACCUAGUCGCCGCUGCUAAUGCACCGUCAGCGCUGGGUACUCUUUAUGGCCGUAUCCCGACGUGCUGCAAAUCUAGAACAACCCCCCUCCCCCCAGCUACCAUUAAGAAGAGCAGCCGCGUGAUUCUCGGCCGGCUCUUUGCUUAUCUUUGGUAGCUGCCGCUGCUUCAUUUCAUUGAAAAUUCCCGUUUUGGAAGCCUAGCCUAAGCUUUUGCAUGAAUUCCAAAGAGGGUGAUUGAAAUGCACGUCCCUUCGUUGGAGGGCGAGGGCCCGGCGGGACUUUCUGCUGGGAUCCAGUUAGGAAUACUGCCGGUGCACGUGGAUAUUGGCGCGAGGGGCUCGAAUACGCUGCCAAUUUGCCGCUGCUCUUGUGCCGCUAAGAGAAAAGGAUGCAGUUGGGAAAACCUUUGGGUUUGUUUUUUAAGGCGAGGGGAGGUUUUCUGCGGGGCAUGAGAACAAGAGGGUCUGCUGUGUGGAAGGAGGUGGGCCUCCUCCACAGAGCAGUCGCUUUCCCUCCUUAUUUGGGGAUGGGGAACCGGAGGCCCUCCAGAUAUUGCUGGAGUUAAUACAAGGAGAGCGCUCUAGCCCUCGGACUCUGCAUCUGGUCGGUCACUGAGAGAACAGAAUACAGUGGUACCUCUGGUUGCGAACGGGAUCCAUUCCGGAGGCCCGUUCACAACCUGAAAAGAACGCAACCCGCGUCUGCACGUGCACGGGUCGCGAUUUGCCGCUUCUGCACAUGUGCGUAACGUCAUUUUGUGUGUCUGCGCACGAGCAAGCGGUGAAACCCGGAAAUAACCCUUUCCGGUACUUCCGGGUCGCCGUGGGACGCAACCUGAAAACGCGCAACCUGAAGCAAAUGUAACAUGAGGUAUGACUCUACAGUGGUACCUCGGGUUAAGAGCUUAAUUUGUUCUGGAGGUCCGUACUUAACCUGAAACUGCUCUUAACCUGAAGCACCACUUUAGCUAAUGGGGCCUCCUCCUGCUGCAGCGCCACCGCUGCACGAUUUCUGUUCUCAUCAUGAAGCAAAGUUCUUAACCCGAGGUACUAUUUCUGGGUUAGUGGAGUAUGUAACCUGAAGCGUCUAUAAUCCGAGGUACCACUGUAGUGGAUUACUGUACAUGGCCUUUGGCUGGAACCAGCAUGCUCUAGGUUCCUACCUUCUUCAUGCCCAUCAGCUCCAGCCAGCCUCAUCAGUAGUCAAGUAUUAUGGAAAAUGCACACCCAACAAAAUCGUGGGGUGCGUGCUGUAAGUUCCCCAACUCCCCUUAAAUAAACUAUUCUGCUUACUUGGUUAUGAACAAAUUGAUUUGAAUCGCUGUGGAGAUAGCUACCAUUGCUUGGAUAUUUAUGACUAUGCUGUGGAAAAUAGGGGUACAUGUGUUACCUAUCCCGUGUCACUGUUCAAAUGUCAGCUCAGCAGUGAGACUGCUAUGUGGUCUUCUGCAAGUACAUUCACCCAUUUGCAAUAUGGUGCAACAAGACAUCUUAAUUGCAAGGUUUACUGAAAUGAUGUACACAAAAUGCAUACUCUUCGUUGGAGCUAAGUAGACCUGGGCUUGAUCAGUGCUUGGACUGGACUAAACAGACUGAAUUCUGGGAUGGAAUAAGGGUGGCAAAUAAAUAUACUAAUAAAGUUCUUUGAACAUGAAAAGUGCUGUAUAAAUUGGUAAGAAUUACAUGCUGCUGUUUUUGGAAAGGGCUGAGUGUUGCUUAUUCUGAAAUAGCUCAUUUCCAAAUACUGCACAGCAGUGAUGCGCAUCCUUAGCUUGUUAAUGUUUUGAUUGGGCCUCCUCAAAGAUUUGCAAGGAAACAUUAUUGCUGUCUCCUUUCUCCCUCCCUAUCUUACAUUUGCAUCUGUCUGUUCCUGUUAACCCCAUUUUCCUGCAGCUUUUAAGUAGGUUUAAACGCAGGGGGACAUAAAGUGGUACCCAUUAAAAUAUUUAGUUUAAGAUGUAGUGGAACGGAAAAUGAACUAAUGUUUAAUGAAUUACCUUGCCUGCCCAGGGGACCACAUAGGUUUCUAAAUGGUGCAAUGGUGAUGUGUGCAUAAUAUCUUUGAGCUCCAAAAUCUCAACAUGCUUUCCAUGAUGUGUUUCUGUGGCAUUGUUAACGCUACUCCCUAGCUGAAACCAGCUGCUAACAAGCAGGCAGUGUUCACCCAGCAGAGAGAAUGGGAGGGUGGAUUGAGGACAUCAGGCAAUUGCCAUUGUCACAGAAAAUGUCAUGGGAUCUCUGGGACUCAAAACAGAGCAGAAUUUUAAAAGCUUUAUCUUAAAACUAACAUGCAUGCAAUCUGAUAAUGGAGGGUUGAUGAGCUGAGGUGACCCUGCUGAGAUGUGAUUAAGUUUUUCCAGAAAGCCUGUGUUUUGAAAACCUAGAAGAGGAGCUGUGAGCUGUGUUAGGAAAAAAAUGCUAAAGGGAAUAUCUCAUGCAGAAGCAAACCAGUUAAGACUAAUCUAUGCAUACAUGUACAUCACCCAGUGUCUUCUCAAUCUGUAUUUGCCUCUGGAAAUGAACAGAGUUUCCAGUUAGCUGACUCUCAUAUAUGUAGUAUGAGAUAAUUUUGACAUAUUUUAAUAAGGUGAUACUGACUUGCCCUUAAAUAUACAUAUUUGGUGUCAGAUUCAUUGAGCUAUCGUCAGUUCAGACCUAAUGAACAUAUAUGUGAAGUUAACUUUUUUUUUUUGUCCUACAUGUAUCACUGUGCAUUGUUUGAAUUGAAUUGUAUUUGCCAUUUUACCGCUCUCAGAUUGAAAAGGUCCUUUUGGCACUCUUCACAAUCUUUUUGUUUUAAAGACCUUGAGCAAUUUAAUAGGUGCAAACAUGGCCACCCCUUUUGAUGGUCCAAUCCUCAGCAGGUUUACCCAGGCUGCAGUUCUGUGUACGCAUAGGAGUGUGAUUGAACUUGGUCUUACCUCAGACAUAGGGCUCCUCCUCCCGCUUAUUCAUCAUUUAUCCUGAUUUGCUUGCACAAAGCUUACUUGGAGGUUAGAUUAUAGCUGGUCUAUUUGAGCAUUUGUUCACGGGACAGUUGUACAACACGCAUUCAGUUGAUUCACUUCCAAGGUGUUUACACUUCCUGUUAAUCAUGCAUUCACCCCACACUUUUCAGUGCAUUUUCCCCUCACUUUCCUAACUCCAACAAGUCUGUUUUUUGUUGUUGUUUUUAAGAGGAUACCUUGCGCUAGGGUAACAGAGUACCUUAAUCCACUUUAAUUGCAUCAAGCUAAAGUUGAAUUUCUUCUGCAAAAUAGUGAUGCUCUAGAGGCACCCUUAAUGUUUUUGCUACUUUAUGCAGGACCAUGCCCAAGAAAGGAGGGAGACGAGCUGCAACAGAGAAGGAACAAUGUUUGCCAUGUAAACAAGCAAAAGUGGAAGCAACCUGCCCUUGGCUUAUGAAAUGUGACCAUCCAGAGAGCGUAUUUGAAAGUUUGAUCUCUCCUGUCAAACAAGAUGAAUUUUUCAGAGAGUAUUGGGAGCAGAAGCCAUUGCUUCUUCAGAGAGAGGAGCCUUCUGUGGCAUUGUACUACCAAUCUCUUUUUCACUUAACUGACCUGAAAAACAUGGUCAAAGAGGGCUUGUACUAUGGAAGGGACAUUAAUGUCUGCAGAAGUAUGAAUGGGAAAAAAAAGAUUUUUAACAAAGAUGGCAAAGUCAGCUAUGAACAGCUGAAGAAAGACUUUGACCAGAAAAAGGCUACAAUACAAUUCCACCAGCCCCAGAGAUUUAAGGUAUGAUCUAUCAGGUGUCUGUUGUUGUUGGUUGCUUUUGGAGUUUUAAUCUGGGAUUCUGGAAUUUAGGGAGUAGUCUGCUGCUAUGAGCCUGUCCUCUCUUACAAUCAGCUGUUGCCAACCUGGAUUGAAGAGUCCAGGGACACUGCUAAACUGACUGAGAAGCCAUAAAUUACUCCGUUUUUAUAUUGUUUGUUGUAUAUCUGUCCUAAUUGGUAAACAGCCUAUUCCCAAGCAAAUGCAUAACAAUAUAUUGCUUUUGGAUAGUUCUGUUACUUAAAACAUCCUCUGGUACGUUUGCUUUUAACAUUGGCUUGACUUUAGAAAAUUGGGGAAACGAUACAAUUUAAGCUUAAACUUACUUGGUUCAUUUUUCUGUACUCAAAGGGGGUACCACUGAGUGCCAAUCUUGCAGAAAACAUGGGCUCUUUAAGAACUACAAUGAUGAUGUAAAACCAGUAUUUCUAGUGUAGAAGAAAGAAUGAUUUAGGAUGUCCUUUUGAGUCUUUAGGAGGGAAAAGUCACCUUUGGAAGAGGUGAGUGAAUGCCAGUUAGAAAUUAGUAUUCCUUUUGAGUACGAACUACAGAUUGUUUUCAGGAGAAUUCCCUUACAGAAUCAUGAUUAAAGUGUAACAGAUGGGACCAAAAAUAAAAUAAAAUCUUGCAGUGUGGUCUAACUGGCCUAGUCUUUCAGGGCAUUCUGUGCCAUUUCUGUCCCCUCCUCUGCCCCAGGUUUUCUGACACACACACAUCUGUCCAGCAUUUUGUAGCUCCUGAGCGUUGUUGUUGUUGUUUAGUUGUUUAGUUGUGUCCGACUCUUCGUGACCCCAUGGACCAGAGCACGCCAGGCACUCCUCCUUUAGUCUGUGCUUAUUAGACCACUAGGGAUUUUCUCUCUCUUCUUGCUUCAGCAAACUUAGGGAUUCCCCUGAGGAUGCUAACUCAAAAGACACCCUGAACCAUUCUCAUUUGUACACUAGAAAUACUGGUUUCAUAUCAUCAUUGGAUUAUCUGAUACGUAAAUUAUAUGAUAAUAAUUGCUGUUGGGUAAAGAAGAAGUGUAACAUAUGAUGAGCGGGAACCAGAUACAUAUACAGUACAAACAAUUACUUUUUGUUUGCUAUUCAAAUUCAAUUUGUGGAUUAUGGAAUUAAGACAGUGCAUGAGAAUAUUCUAUAAACUCAGUGUUUCAUACCCCAGUAGCCUAUUUUUUGAAAUGAAGCAAUGAGCCCUUUAAAAAAAUCUGUAUAAUGAAGUUACUAAACAAAUAGAUUUAUAAGGAAACACUGCAGUUAAUGCGUUGGUGCCUGAGCUUGUGCAAGCUGCUUCUACUUGAUUUUUGCAGAUUCACUGCUCCCACUAUAGUCUUCCAUGCCACACAUCCAAGGCCUUUCCUGACAGUUACCUGGAGUGGAGAGUCAGGGGAUGUCUGUGGUUGGAAAAGCUUCAUUGAGUAAGCAGACCUUGGCUUGCACAACUCGAUUCAUUUCAAUAAAAAUAACUUGAUUUGAAGGGAAAGCAAAAAGGAGCAGUGAUUUGGUUGGCUGGAAGGAAUGGCCCAGCAACAUUAUGCAAAACAGGAUUUAGUUGUAUAUUGUUACCUGUAUAAGUGGCUUCAUUGAGGUUUGUAUUGGCAGGCAUCUUGAAACCACUUACACUGGAUCUAAGGAAGGAGACUGAAUGUAGCGUGUGUUGGAACUUCUGUUUUCUGCCUACUUCUCACCUAGCUUGCUGACAUGUUUUCAGAUAAUGCAGCAGCUGUAUGAAUGCCUGUGUGUGCAACAGGCACACUUUCAAUGUGGGAAAGUUGCACUCUUCUUCUGACCUUUUAUAAAGCAGGUCAGGCAGACAUCUUGUUUAGAGUGAUACAUGUUUUUGGAACAAUUGGAUUGCAAAUAUAAUGGGUAAAUAUGAUAGGAGAAUAAUGGAGGUUGCCAUGGCAUUGUUAACCAUUUCUCUGUCUCUUCCCUUUUUUCUUUUUAGGAUGAGCUCUGGAGAAUCCAGGAGAAGCUGGAAUGCUACUUCGGCUCAUUGGUUGGAUCUAACGUUUACAUUACCCCACCGGGGUCCCAAGGCCUGCCACCACACUACGAUGAUGUUGAGGUAAGAGGGCCCACAAUGGCCAGUAUGUUUCUUGUUUGCAAGAGUUUCGCAUAGUAAAAUAAAGUUACAGGUAGGUAACCCUGUUGGUCUGCCGUAGUCGAAACAAAAUAAAUUAAAUUAAAUUAAAUUAUAAAAAAUAAAAUAAAAAAGUCAUUCCAGCAGCACCUUAGAGACCAACUAAAUUAGUUAUUGGUAUGAGCUUUUGUGUGCAUGCACACUUCUUCAGAUACACUGAAGCAGAAGUCACCAGACCCUUAUACAGUGGUACCUCAGGUUAAGUACUUAAUUUGUUCCGAGGUCCGUUCUUAACCUGAAGCACCAUUUUAGCUAAUGGGGCCUCCCGCUGCCGCCGCACCGCCGGAGCACGAUUUCUGUUCUCAUCCUGAAGCAAAGUUCUUAACUUGAAGCACUAUUUCUGGGUUAGCAGAGUCUGUAACCUGAAGCGUAUGUAACCUGAGGUACCACUGUAUAUAGUGAGAGGGUGGGGAGGGGUAUUACUCAGAAGGGUGGUGGGAAUGGGUAAUUGGCUGAUAGGUGUGGUAAACCUGUUGACGACUGUUAACAACUGCAAUUGGUCUUACAGGAAAAAGCAAGGGGUGAGAUGGCUAAAAAUAGCUUUAUCAUGUAUAAUGAGAUAAGAAUCCAAUGUCUCUAUUCAAACCAGGUCUCUCCAUGGUUUUAAGUUUGGUAAUAAGUUGCAAUUCAGCAACUUCUCUUUCCAGUCUAUUUCUGAAAUUCUUUUGUAAUAAGACAGCUACUUUGAGAUCUUGUAUAGAAAGUGCUGGGAGACUGAAGUGUUCUCCUAGUGGUUUCUCUGUCUUGUGAUUAAUUUUGUGGAAGUCAUUACAUGCGUCCACAAUAUUACAUGGAUGAUGCAUGCGCACAUCACAUGUGGAUUCUGUUUGAAAUAAAACCUAGUACUACUUUUAACAUUUACAAGUAUUGUGUUCUAAAUAAAGAACUCACUUGCAACAAAUGUUUAUUCCAUAGUGAACUUAGCUGAAAGUCUGAGGAACGGUGAAGCUUUUUGAUGCUUACUGACUUAUGGUCUUUGCAGGUGUUUAUCCUACAGUUGGAAGGAAAGAAGCACUGGCGACUCUAUAAGCCUACUGUACAUUUAGCUCAAGAAUACAACACUGAGCCCGAGGAGAAGAUAGGGACUCCAACACACGACUUCAUAUUAAAGGUAUUCGUGUCAGAAACACCCCUGAGUGCCUGAGCUAUAGAUGAAGAAAAUGUCUAAGACCUUGACAUAGUUAGCUCGCUGUUGGCGAAUAAGGUUGCCUGUCCCCUCUAGGUCUUAAAGAGAGAGAUUGGUUGUCUUGUUUGACAUGGCUUAUUCCGCUAUGCCUCUCCUUUCAGUCACAUUUUCCAGCGUCACGUCAUACAAGCCUUUCCACUGUUAGGAGAAUGAGAGGGCACAGAUGUGUCCUGGUGUUGUUCUUGUUAUUUAGCAGUCCCAUUUUGGAAGUUGAUUUAAAUUUGGGUAGUAUUGUGAGCUUCUAUCAGCUGGCAAUGCUUCAUGCAUCUGUAGUAAACUGCAGUGAAUAUAGUGUUAAUUUACACACUUCCAGGAUUAAUACAGUGGUACCUCGGGUUACAGACGCUUCAGGUUACAGACUCUGCUAACCCAGAAAUUGAACCUCGGAUUAAGAACUUCGCUUCAGGAUGAGAACAGAAAUUGCGCCACAGCAGCAGCGGGAGGCCCCAUUAGCUAAAGUGGUACCUCACAUUAAGAACAGUUUCAGGUUAAGAAUGGACCUCCAGAACGAAUUAAGUUCUUAACCUGAGGUACCACUGUACCUAUCAAUGAAACAAUUGCUUUGUUUCAGUUUGCUUUGCUGCUGUCUUAUAGUUCUUAUUGUUUUAUUGCUUAGUCUGAAUUAAUUGUACUUUGUUGUUUUUUGCAUUUCUGGAGCUUUCUGCAUUUGUUAUUUAGUGCUCCGCAGUGUGUUUUAUCUGCUGCUUUGGCCUAGUACCUGCUGCUCUGCCUUUUUAGUAUUGAUCAUUGUAAGCCAAUUUAAAUACUAUUCACUUUCCCUCCCUUUUUUCUUUUUUUUAUAAAAAAGUAGGUUUCUAACAGUCCUUGUAGCUUAGCUAUAGGAUUUUGGAUGUCUGCAGCACAGCUCUACAUGAAAAUGGGGAAAAUUCUGUAACAUGACAGAAUUGUCUAUUCAGCUGUUUGUGUUUUUGUUAUUGAGAGAGUAAUUUUUCUUUAUUUUGCAAGCACAGCAGUGUAGCCUUAAUAAACUGUCAAAAUAAUUUAUUUUUAAAACUGUCCUGCCCACAUUUUCUUCCAGCCCGGAGACCUGCUAUAUUUUCCAAGGGGGACCAUACAUCAAGCUGACACACCUCCUGGGAUAUCGCAUUCUACUCAUGUGACCAUCAGCACCUAUCAGAACAAGUAAGCACUCUGCCUUAUUCUUCUAGUAUGAGUUUUCUUGUCAGUGACUUUAAACUAAAUGAAUCUGGCAAGCUAUUUUUAUUUUGUUUUAGCUAUAGAAGAUUUAUAUUCUAUACCAAUUAAUUAACCCAAGCUAACCAGUUUACAUAAAGCAGGCAUGUCCAAAGUCUGUUUUGGGGGGCUAAUCCGGCCCGCUGGUUGGUUUAAUCCUGUCCCCCUGUGGCAGUUUAAUUCCUGGGGUAAAAUCCUAAAAAAAAGCUCAACAGCUUUGGUUGGCCCUCACAGCACUUCACUUCAUCAAAUCUGGCCCUCUUUGAAAAAAGUUUGGACACCACUGACCAGUGGCAUUUGCAACUCUGUGGUCGUUGUAGCUAGAUACAGACUCCUAGGCAGCCCUCUGGCUAGUUCCUCCUCCUUCAGAAGGACAGAGGACAGGAGAGAGCAUUCUCUGGCAGCCCCAAAGUUGAGGAACUCCUUCCCUACAGAGGUGUGCCUGUCACCUUCAUUAUAUAACUUCCAGCAAAUGUUUAAGACACACUUCUUUACCCUGCCUUUUGACACUUGAGAUGUAUAUUUUUAAGGCCCUACUUAUUUCUGUAGUUGUUUCUUGUUUUAAACUGUUUUUAAUCUUGAGUUAUGAUGUGUUUUGAUGUUGUAACCUGCCCUGGAACCUUAGGGUGAAGGGUGGGUAAUUAAUAAUAAUAAUUAAUGGCCCAUCCCAGGGAGGAGUACCCAACUAUAAUGCUGGCUUGAUCAGAUCACAUUCCCUGGAUUAAGGUGUUUGUCACUUCUCCUUUCCACCUAAAUCCAAAGAGGCUCUCUAGGUUCUGAACUGGUGUAUGUCAUCAUUAAUGGACUGGAUGAGGGUGAACAAAUUGAAACCUAAUCCAGAGGAGACAGAGGUGCUCUUGGUCAGUCAGAAGGCAGAACAGGGAACAGAGAUUCAGCUUGUGCUGGAUGGGGUAACAUUUGCCCCCAAAAUACAGGUUUGCAGUUAGGGUUUUCUCCUGGACUCACCUCUGAAUAUGGAUGCCCAGGUCUCUGUGGUGGCCAGGAGUGUAUUUAUUUGCACAGUUAAAGCUGUACCAGUUCCUUAAAAGAUGUCUGAUUUGGCCACAGCCUUAGUUACAUCAUGUUCUAACACACUAUGUGGGGGCCACCUUUGAAAAGUGCUCAGAAACGUCAACUGACUCAAAGAGCUACAACCAGAUUGCUGACCAGGACUGGUUAUAGGGAGCAGGCGACUCCCUUGUUACAACAGCUCCACAGGCUACUGGUCUGUUUCAGCGCACAAUUCAAAGUGCUUGUUAUUGCCUAUAAAGCCCAAUAUGGCUUAGGUUCAAGCUAUCUGAAGUAUCAGAUUCCCUCAUAUGAAUCUUCCUGGGGAGGCCCUUCUCUCAAUCCUGCCACCCUCACAGGCACACUUGUCACAGACUUGGUGGCUGCUUCCAGACUGGAACUCCCUCCCUAGAGAAGCUAGACUGUCCUUCCCCCAGUGAAUACCUCCUUUGGGCUUUGGGGAAAUGACUGCUUUUAAUGAAAGGGCUGGUCCCAUGCUAUUUUUAUUGUAAUUAUUGGUAUGUUUUAAACAGAUGUUAUAUAGUUUUAAUUCUAUCAAUAUUUAACUGUAUUUUAGGGAUUAUUUUUCUAUGUUUUUAACAGUUCUUAUUUUUCUCUUGAGUGCCACCAGGGGAAAAGGGGUGGGAUAAUAAAUGCUAUAUUUUUUCGUGUAUAAGACUAGGUUUCCCCCUUAAAAUAUAAUGUCCAAAAUUUGGGUAUGUCUUAUACAUGGGGGCCAUCUCCCCCUACUUUCUUAAAUCAGAGUCCCCCAAAAUAGGGGCGUCUUAUACAUGGGGGCGCCUUAUAGACAGAAAAAUAUGGUUUAUUUAUUUAUUUACCUACCUACCUCUGUUGAGGUGGACAAUUUAAUCCAUUAGACUUUUCCAUGCUGUUUCUCACCUACCUGCUUUUUCUGUACAGGAGACCACACUGAGGCUGUGAUACACUAUCCUAGGCAAUGCGAGUGGAGCAUCUUUCAGGCGCUUGUAGCUAGCAGCCUGUCAAUGACCUAUGCUUCCUUAGGAUGCCCUGAAAGAAUUAGACUGUAUUUCCUGAUCACCUAGGAUAUGAGUACACACGAUAGUAUUUUUGCUAAACUUUCUCAGUUUCAGUCCAUGUGGGUUAACAGGAUGUGCUGGAUGAGCCCUUGACAUUCAAAACCAGUUUUGCUUUCUCUUUAUCCUCGGCAAGAAACAUUGCUCUGAAUUAACUGGCUUGGCAUUAAUGCCUUUGUUUCCCUCCCCUCCCCUCCCCCUUGUAUGGCAGCUCUUGGAGAGAUUUUUUGCUGGACGUGGUUCCUGGACUAGUGUUGGAUACAGCGAAAGAGGAUGUUGACUUUCGGAAGAGCAUUCCAAGGCAGUUACUGAUGGUAAAGAUGUAGAGCUAAAGAAAAUGAAGAGCAGUGUGUGCUUGCUGUCAGUGGAAAAGUGCAUAGCCACCAUUUUAAACACAGAGUAACUCCCAUAAUCUCCACUAGUAGUUUCAUAAUGUUGGAAGAGGUCAGCCUUGUUUCUUAGCAGCAGAUCUUCUUUACUGUGUGGUCACAUUUGUUUGCAAAACUAAGCCAGAAAGCUUUUUAAACCAAACAGUGCACAAGCUGCUCCCUGGCACCUAUAAUAGUCCCAGCAAGUGUAGGCAAAACUGCAGAGUUUUGUUAUGGGUCUUGUAAUAAAGAGAGCUAAUUGCUAGCCUUCAAGAUGCCAUCUGUAGCUUGACCCAGUAGCUUUCAAAGAAGAACACCAAGUCCAAAUUAAUACCAAAUUUUAUGAUUUUAUAAUGUGGCAUUUGAAUCUAUGUAACUUAGCCACUGCUGCCUUCCCAUAACUGGCUACAGGAAGAAGAGUUAAAACGAACACUUGUUUGUUCCAAAAAUCUUGCCUUUGCAAUUCUGUCCCAGCACAGUAGGUAGUGAUGAUUACAAUUUGUUACUUGCCCUUCACCCUAAGGUCCCAGGCUGGCUUGCAACAAUAAAAACACAACAUUAAUAUUAAAACACAUAUUGCACAAUAUUAAAAACUGUUUAAAACAGCUUAUAAUGACCAAAAUAAGGUUGUGAGCCAACAUCUGUAAUGCCUAGAGAUCUUUGGAUUGCAUUCUCAAGUAAAUUAGGAUCGUGUUUCUAACUACUAGCAUAAAUUCUUUUUGGUCUUUUUCUUUAGAAGGCGGAUUUAUCUGAUUCAUCCAAGCAAUUAAGUGGCUUCCUGAGAUGCCUUGCAGACCGUCUGGAAAAUGGUAGAGAAUUGAGGUCAUCCGACAUGAAAAAAGACUUCAUUAUGAACAGAUUACCUCCUUUCUUGGGGACUAGCUUUGACUCUCUGGCUCCAGGUAACAUUUUAAGUUUGCAGAGGGUGCUUUUCGUAAAGUGGGGACUGGGAAGACAGUUUGUUCCAUAGAUGUAGCAGUAAACCAGUUAUUUACAAAUAUUACAUAUGGAACCGGGCCAUAGAUUAGUUUAAUGUGUGGAUUGGUUCAGAGAGCCUGUACAGAUGUUACAUUUCUGAAGAUUCCCUUCCCUUCUUUCCUUUUUUUGAUAUUUCAAUUAGCAUCUUAAGAGGGACCUAGAUUAUACUGCAGCAGCUACGUCAGUGAUAGAUGGCAUUUUUUUCUAAUUAGGAAAAUAGCCUGUGAUCUUCCAUGAGUCUCUGCUUCAGCUGUUAUACUGUACAUACAAGCUGACUGAACUAAAGAGAUAUUUACAAGAAUUAGCCAACUGCACUAACUUCUGCACCUGCCCUUAGUCAAGAGAGAUGUAAGCAGCACAGGCUAGCUUGCUGCUCCUUUCGUUGAACUAAUAUUGCUCUUCUUCCUUGUCUAGGUGGAGCACUACCAAAAAUAGACAGUACAAUCAGGUUACGGUUUAAAGACUACACAGUAAUUACAGUGGAACCAGACCUUUUGGUGAGUACAGAGGAGUGCUUGUAGAGACUUGCUUUUCAGUGAGGAAUUGGGUGUAUGUUAUUUUUAGGCUGCUUGAAUCCCACAGCAUGUGACUGGGAUUUGCUCUGACAUUAUAGCAAUUCAGUUCUGUUUUGUAAAGAGAAAGUGUUACAGUGUUUUGUAGGAGUUUCAAAGACAGCCUUUGAAAUAUAACCAGGUGCUGGCCUUAGCUAAAGAAUUUCCUAAUUACUACUGCUAAAAAAUAAGAAAGGUGAGGCUUCUAAAGUUAUUGUAAAAUGGAGGAGUUUUGCAAGUGCUUUGAUGUUGAUUGAUAAAUUACAAUGUAUUAUCUGCUUUUCUCUUGUUUUUUAGGAAGAGUCUCGCAAAGAAAUGGUUUUUGUCUAUUACUCUUUAAAGAACAAGAGGGAAGUCCAUAUGAUGGGGGAUGAGGAUAUGAAUGAGGAUGGAAUAGCAGAGGUUUGUUUUUAAUUCUGCUUGUUAGGUCAGUUAUUGAUGAAGUCCAUGUGGAAAUUCCUUAUUUUCAGAUCUGUCUCUUCUAGCCCCCUCCACACCGGGUGCUGGUCAGCAGUACGUUAAGUUUUUGCCAGACUGCUGUUUGGGUUUGUCUGUUUUAAAAGCUGUGUACAUUUUGUUGGCAAUAUGAGAACGCUGCUGGGUCAGACCAAGGACCCAUUUACUCCAUUACUUUGUCCCAAUUGUAACCAGCCAGAUCUCCAAAAACCCACAGGUGUGGUAUGAAGGUGGUAACUGAUAUUCAGGAUAUACUGCCUGUGUGCCUGGAGGAGGUUGCAUUUAGCUAGCCUAGUCAAUGUAAUAUAGAAACGUGUUGAUAGAUUUAUAAUAACUCUGUUCAUCUGUAUAACAGCAGUAACUACUGGCGCAGGAUAUAUUAUUCAUAUUGGUGAGCAUGAAAUGUGUCAGAUGUUUAGUUCAAUAUGGCGUUAAUAACACACACACUCUUUCUCUUUCUAGACUCAUGGGUUACGAUUUCCGCUCUCUCAUAUGGAUGCGUUGAAGCAAAUUUGGAGCGGUAACACUGUCCGUGUUAAAGAACUGAAUCUGACUUCAGAUGCAGAAAAAGAGAACUUGGUGGUAUCCUUGUGGAGUGAAUCGCUCAUUGAAGUAGUCUAGAGGCAUGAUCCAGUCAAAGUUAAGUAUUCGUAGGUCUCUUAGAUGUUGCUGGGAGAAUCAAGUGUGCCCUUAAAUUAAAAUAGAAGGGACCCAAGGCACCAGCCAGCCAAAGUUAAAAGUGCUUAAAUCUGCCAUUGCACAGAAACAGCAAAACGUUACCUCAGGCAUACAAAGGCUUUUUACAUAGUUUUUGUAUGCGUAGUGAGUAAGGGUACUACUAGGUUUGUUGAACAUAAAAAUAACACACAGGAGGGUAAAUGGGGAAGCUGUGGCCCUCAAGGUGUUGUUGGACUCCCAAGGCAAUGGGAGAUGUGGGGAGCCGCAAGUUCAGCAUCCCUGGUGCAAAGUAGGAAUGAAUGGUUCAUGCUUUUCCUGGUUUCAGCAGUGACAUAUGUACAGUGGUACCUCGGUUUACAAACUUAAUCCAUUCCAGAAGUCCGUUCUUAAACCGAGGCCUCCCACUGGUCGGCUUCCGUUCUUAAGACUGUAAACCGAAUCGUUCGUAAACAGGGCUGUUCUUAAACCGAGGUACCACUGUACACCUAAAGUAAGGAGGCCUGGUCUUGCCAUACGAAAGCCAGUGACACCCCAAAUUGUGGAUAGUGCCAUAGGCUGCAAACAUAAAAGCGUCGGCCCUUUUUUGGGGUGAAAGUGUGCUUUGUUGUACAGAAAAAGCCAACCUACGGCACUGCAUCUCAUAAAGCAGUGUUUCCCAACCUUGGGUCUCCAGCUGUUUUCAGACUACAGUUCCCAUCAUCCCUGACCACUGGUCUUGCUAGCUAGGGAUGAUGGGAGUUGUAGUCCAAAAACAGCUCAAGGCCCAGUGUUGGGAAACACUGUCAUAAAGGAUGCAUCAUGUAAUUAGUUGCAUGAAAAAGCAACAGUAAAAGCACAAAGGAGCAGAAGCCACUUUAUAACUAUCUGCCCAAGCCAAAUGAUACAGAGUUACCUGGGUGUAACUAUUCAAGGUGUAUAAAUUGAGAAGAACCAGACACACAUAAAAAUGUGUUAACAGUAUUGCACCACAACAAGUAAGAAUGGAACGUUGUUACUUACUGUGAUGCUUCCUCCUUGUUUGGUAGGCUAAGGCAUCCACUGUGGGUUGUGUCUUUCGCAUUUGCCUAUUGUGUGAGCUUGCACCAUGGGAGGCGAGAGACUGAAACAAUUGUGGUUCUCGCACACUUUAUCAUUUGCCUUCCUUUCUAGCCAGGCAACAACUGGAUGGAAAACUACCACAUGGUUCAGUUUGCUUCAUUGAUCAAUUAAUAACAUCUGGGCAGCACCUCCCAUAGAUCAGUAUGUGGGGCAUAUGUUUUUAAUGCUCCUUCAUCCUUACAAUUCUGUACCGGUGUUGUGAACAAAACCCAGGAGGCCUUUACCACAUUCUUGCCCCCCUCACCCCCAAAUGCAAAGCAUUGUCUCUUCUAUUGUUUUUGUCUGCUGCUGUCCUUUUCAAUUUAGGGUGACAGUGUUUUUUCUUAAAUACUGUGAUCUUGUAUUUAUCAUGCAAGUUUCCUUGUAAUGGCUUGGCACCACAAGGUAGCUUAAAGCUACCUUUAUAUAAUGAAGGUUUGAAUUGAUAUUUGGAAAACAAAUCUCGUGUAACGAAAAUAAAACUGCUGAUACU